AUGACCAACAACGACAACAGGUACAUCGAGCAUUUAUAUCUGAUUCAUUCCUGCGACAUGUACGCGAAGAUUGAGAGCGAACGACUACGAUACUUACGAUAUAAUCAACAAAAGCUGCGCGCGGAAGAGUACAUUCAUUUGCGAGACGCUAUCAACAACAACGCCGACGUCGCCGAAAUUGGUAACCAUGUCAUUUUACCAUCAUCGUACGUAGGCAGUCCACGUCAUAUGCAAGAAUAUAUACAGGAUGCUCUGACUUUCGUGCGCGAAUAUGGACGACCAUGUUUAUUUAUCACGUUCACAUGUAAUCCAAAAUGGCCAGAGAUUACAUCUUUGCUACUGCCUGGCCAAAAUGCAAUACAUCGCCAUGACAUUACAGCACGUGUGUUCAGACAAAAGUUGAAGUCUUUAAUAAGUUUCAUUACUAAAUCACAUGUAUUUGGUCCCACACGUUGCUGGAUGUAUUCGGUUGAGUGGCAAAAGCGAGGAUUACCUCAUGCACACAUUUUGGUUUGGUUCAUCGACAAAAUCCGUCCUGAAGAAAUCGAUAGUAUCAUUUCUGCGGAAAUUCCAGAUCCAUCCACUGACCAACUGCUGUUUGAUAUUGUUACAACAAAAAUGAUUCAUGGUCCAUGUGGUACUCUUAAUAGUUCAUCGUCUUGCAUGGCUGAUGGAAAAUGUACUAAAAAUUUCCCUAAAGAUUUUACCAAUGAUACGGUCACAAAUGUCGACGGAUACCCAAUAUAUCGUCGAAGAAAUCCUGAAAAUGGCGGACAAUCAUUUAUUAAAAAUAUCAUCAACACAGACAUUGAUAUUGACAAUCGUUGGGUGGUGCCAUAUUCGCCUCUGCUGAGCAAGACAUAUAAUGCUCAUAUGAAUGUUGAGUUCUGCAGUUCUGUGAAGAGCAUCAAAUACAUUUGCAAGUAUGUCCAUAAAGGCAGUGAUAUGGCUGUGUUUAGAGUGGAAAAUACUAAUGUGAAUGCUCCUCCAGUGAAUAAAAACGAUGAAAUAACGCUCUACCAAAUUGGUCGGUACAUCAGCUCCAAUGAAGCUGCUUGGCGUAUCUUUGGUUUUCCAAUUCAUGAACGGGAUCCAGCAGUUGUUCAGUUAGCCAUCCAUCUUGAAAACGGUCAGCGUGUAUUUUUCACGAACGAGACAGCGAUUGAUCGUGCAAUAAAUCCACCUAAAACUACACUCACUGCAUUUUUUGAAUUGUGUAAUCGUGCGGAUGAUUUUGGUGCCUUUGCACGAAAAUUACUCUAUUCACAAUUACCACGCUAUUUCACAUGGACUCAAACAAAAACAUGGAUGCCCCGCAAGCAAGGCUCACCAGUUGCUGCAUGUCUCAAUUUAUUUAAAUCAAACGCCUUGGGGCGAUUAUUUACAGUCAAUCCAAGACACACGGAGUGCUUUUAUCUUCGACUGUUGUUGGUUAAUGUUACUGGCCCAUUAUCAUUUCAAGAUAUACGUAAAAUGAAUGGGCAACAAUAUCCAACGUAUAAAGAUGCAUGCCUUGCACUCGGCUUGCUGGAAGACGACAACCAGUGGGAAUGCAUGCUUGCUGAAGCUGCAUUGAACUGUACAGCAAUACAAAUUCGUCUACUAUUCGCUAUAGUGUUGACUACAUGUUUCCCAGCCCGAGCACAGAUAUUAUGGGAAAAUCACAAAGAUUCAAUGACUGAUGAUAUAUUGCAUCAACAUCGUAUACGGUGCCACGAUCUAACCAUAACAUUCAGCGACGAAAUGUACAAUGAAGCAUUGAUUGCUAUUGAGGAUCUUUGCAUUGUCAUUGCCAACUUACCACUUAGUAAUUUCGGUAUGAAUUCACCAAAUCGAACUGCAUCUGAUUUAAUGAAUACUGAAAUGAAUCGUGAACUGCAGUACAGUACUGUAGAAAUGGAAGCGAUUGUUGCCCGCAAUAUCCCACUAAUGAAUGAGGAACAAAAAACCAUUUAUGAUCGCGUUAUGCUCGCAGUUUCAGCUGGACAAGGUGGGUUCUUCUUUUUGGAUGCACCGGGUGGAACUGGCAAAACAUUCGUUAUUUCGCUAAUUCUUGCUGAAAUACGAUCAAAUAAUGGCAUCGCAUUGGCCGUUGCAUCAUCGGGCAUUGCAGCAACUUUAUUGGAUGGAGGUAGAACAGCUCAUUCAGUAUUUAAGCUGCCACUAAAUAUUCAGAAUAACCCUGACGCAGUAUGCAACAUUAAGAAACAAUCGUCCAUGGCCACUGUGCUGAAACGGUGUAAAAUUAUAAUUUGGGAUGAAUGUACUAUGGCACUCAAACAUUCACUUGAGGCGUUGAACAGGACAUUGAAAGAUAUUAAAAACAGUGACAAACUAUUUGGCGGAACUCUGUUGGUCCUUUAA